GUUCAAACAAAUCACAAGCAAGGGCAAUGAUGUGAUGGUACAUUUGGGCAUGGAAUACCGGUAAAAACACAGAAAUAGCAAAGCCACUGACCUGUUUAACGUUAACCUUUUCACACGUUUAAAUUGUGUAAACAAAGAUGUCUAUAAUUUGGGAACUUAGCAGAAGUCUCAGACUUUUUGGACAGAUUCAAUCAUGUAAACACAUGGGACUGUCUAUAGCUCUCCAAAGGCACAUUCAGCAUUAUUCGGCUCGUAGCUCGAGUCAGGUAGCUGUCAAAAGCGAGCCUGAAGUGGAUGACAAUGAGGCCGUCAACAAGGCAUUCGUCAACAGAAACCCCCGGAAUCUUGAACAGAUGGCAAUAGAGAUGAAGGACAGAGGCUGGGCAACAGUUUACCCCUCCAGAGAGUAUUACCACAGACUCCACUUUUCUCGAACACAGCAUCACAUCACAGCGGAGGUGUACUCUAAAGAUUCCACAGAGCCUGUCAUCAGUUGCUCCACUCGGGAAUGGGCGAUUAAACGAGAACUGAGCUCCACGCGGUCUGUGGCAGCUUGCCAGGCGGUGGGUGAGGUGCUUGCCCAGAGGUGUCGGGAGGCAGGUAUCACGCGUAUGGUUUUCCGUGAGCUUUCCUGGAGGUUCCGCUGCGAAUCGGUUAUGACAUUUUGGACGGCUUUGAAAAAGGGAGGUGUCUCUCUAAGUGAACCAAGACGAAAAUACAUCUGAAUCAAGACCCUACUCUCUCUGCAUUUUGUUUUCCUUCCUCCUGUCCCACAAUAAACUUUUUGUUAGAAACCUU